AGUUUCCUAUUUUUAUUUUACAUACUUAGUUUACUUUGUAGUUAUAUAUCAAGCCCACAACAAUGGCAAGCAUUGUUCGAGCUGUUGUUGCAAGAAGAAUUGUGGCUGCCAUAAAUCCGACAAUAAGAACAAUGUCUGAUGAUGGAGCAAUUCGAAAAGCUGGAGGAGUUCUUUCAGAUAAAGAGAAGGCUGAGGAAAACAUGUACUUCAGAAAAUUGCAACAACAGCAGCUCAAAGCUUUGAAAGAACAUCAUGACGACGAAAUUGAAAAUCACGAGCAGGAAAUCAAGAGACUGAAGUCGAAAAUAAAAAAUCAUAAGGAAAAAUUGGAUAAACUAUCAAAGCACUAAACCUCCUGAAUUUAUAAAAACUGUGUGUAUACACUUGGUUGUCAAAUUCAAAUUGAAUCUAUGAAACUGACUUUUAUUUCUGAUAAUUAUUGUGAGUGUAUGUGUAGAAGAGAAAUACUUUGUGCACUAUGUUUUAAAAUUCUAAAACACAAUGUUAUAUUUAUUGCAAUUCCAUGCGUGAUAACUAAUUGACUGUUGUGUUUUUGUUCUAGA